AUGGUGUCCUGGUACCGGCACCAGCAAGAGCGGCCAUCGACCAAGCUGCCGACCGGCCCCCUGGCGGAGGAGUUCACAGUGGACUCCGUGGGCGUGGUUCGGCUGGCGUCGGCUUCGCUAGAUCGGGAGGAGCGGUCGCAGAUCCUGUUGACUGUGGCGGCCUUCGACAUGGGGCCCGACCAGGGCCGACGCAGCGCCUCCACUCUGGUGAACAUCACUGUGGAGGACAUCAACGACCACCCUCCCGUCUUCAGCCGAGCCGUCUACUCGGCCAGUAUCGUGGAGGACAUCCCGCUGUCGCCGCCCAGCCCCAUACUGCAGGUGCUGGCGUCGGACGCGGACGCUGGUGAGAACGCCGCCGUGCGGUACUCGCUGGGACCGGAGCCGGCCGCCGCCUGGUUCCGGCUCGACCCCGACUCCGGCUUCCUGUACCCGGCCCAGCGGGUCACGGCCGACCAGAGCGAGGUCGUGCUGACGGUGCUGGCCACGGACGGCAAGUUCAACGACACGGCGACGGUGAAGGUGGGCGUGCUGGCGGCCAACCACGACAAGCCGCGCUUCAUCAAGCCGGCCACCGACAACAAGAUCUACUACGUGGAGGAGAACGUGCAGGAGGCGGGCAGUCUGGUGCUGACGGCUGAGGCGUCGGACCGGGACCAGGGCGACAACGGCCGGCUCUCCUACUACUUCAGGGUGGGCGAGACGGACGGCUCGGAGACGGACGAGUUCGCCAUUGACUCGGAGACGGGCGAGGUCCGCACGCGCGUCCGAUUUGACCGCGAGUCGCGCGACAAGUACACGCUGGUGCUGGUGGCCCGGGAUCAUGGCUCGCCCAUCCCGCACGAGUCGGCGCGCUCCGUGCAGAUCCACGUGCUGGACGUGGACGACCACGUGCCGCAGUUCCGCGAGCACGUGCACCGCUUCAGCCUGAUGGAGAACUCGCGACCGGGCACGGCCGUCGGCUCGGUGCGGGCCGAGGACCCCGACUCGGCCGAGACGGGUCGCACCUUCUACUUCCUGGUGGGCGGCGACGCGGCCGCCUUCUCGGUCAGCCAGCGCGGCGACAUCGCCGUCACGCGUUCGCUGGACCGCGAGCAGCGCGACCAGUACGAAAUCAUCGUGAAAGCCACGAGCAACGCCUCAUUUUACGCGGAGAACGUGACGGCGGACGACCUUGACCCGACCUUGACCGUGAUCAAGAUCACCGUGCUCGACCUCAACGACUCGCCGCCAGCCUUCGAGGCCAAGGAGUACUUUGCUGGUGUGUCCGAGCUGGCCCAGUUCCGUGACCCGGUGACGACGGUGGCUGCGUUCGACCCGGACCAGGGCCAGAAUGGCGAGCUGGUCUACACCAUCAGGUCCACCCAGCUCUACAAGCCGGGCUCGGCGGUGGCCAGCGGCGCCAUCGUGCCCUCUCCGUUCAGUAUCGACUCGGGCGGCCGGCUGACCUGCGCCACGCUGAUGGGCGAGUACAAACACCACCGGUUCCUGGUGCAGCUGGCCGCGCGGGAGCGCUACGCCCCGCGUCGUGAGGCCCUCGCUCGCGUUCACGUGUGGGUGUACGACGCCUCGCAGCUGGUGCACGUGACGCUCGGCGUGCCGCCCGACGCCAUCGUUCGCCAGCCGGACCGCAUCGUCAAGGCCUUCAGCAACGCCACCGGCGGCCGCGUCGUCAUCGAUGACGUCAGAUACCACGUGACCGAGGAGAACGUGGUCAAGCGGACGUGGUCGGACAUGUACAUGCACGUGGCGGAUGCCGAGCAGCAGAUAGUGCCGACGGCCGACGUGCUGCGGGCGUUCGACCAGCACUAUGACUACCUGCAGCGGCAGCACGCCCAGCUACGUCUGCAGAAGGUUCAGGCGGCGGACGCGCGUCCGGUGGUGCAAGAGACGAGUCAGACGCUGGUGACGCUGGUGGCGUUGCUGCUGGUGCUGGUGAUCGGCCUGGUGACCAUGUGCGCCGUUUGCUGCUGCCUCAAGAACGUGCCGGCCACCAUACCGGUGGACAUGGAGCAGGUGAAGCGACCUCAGCCGGCGUCGGCCCGGCAGGCCGCCGAGCCGGAGGGGCCGGCCGGCACAGAGAAUCCGCUCUGGAUCGGCAACAAGCUCAAGAUGUACGAGGAGCAGGAGCUGAGUAUGCAGGUGGUGAGCGACCCGGAGCCGCGGCCGAGCGCCGACGACCGCGCCCUGGCCGACGAGCUGCAGAGCAAUACGUACGCCACCCUACAGCGGCCCGACAGCAGGCAGGACGGCGUCGAACACAGCCCCAGCGGAGACACCGGGGACUACGCCACGCUGGGGCGAUACAGCGCGGCGCCGGCGCUGCCGCCCGGGCCGACCAUCCCCGGGGUGGUGCCGGCGCCGUUGAGCGAACGUACGGUGGUGCACCGGGACCGCUGA